AUGAAUCGAAAAGAUCCUGCGUGGAAGUAUGCAAAAGAAAUAGAGGGGGAAAAAUACUUGAGAUGCGCAUUUUGUGAUCAAAGAUGCAGUGGAGGAAUUUCUAGACUUAAGCAUCAUUUAGGUCAAACUCACCACGGUAUGCAACCAUGUAAGAAAGUUCCUAAGCAUGUGAAAAAAGAGUGUGCCGCAACUUUGAAAAAUCUUCAGCUUGAAAAAAGAAAGAAAAAUGAAAUGCUUAGAGAGAUUGGGGAUGGUCUAGAAGGAGGGGCUCUGAGUAUGGAAACUUCAUUGGAUGAAGAAUAUGGAAUCCUUGGUACUAGGAGUGCUGCAGUUGAUGAGACUCUUAGAGCACAACCUAAAUCAAAAGGACCAAUGGAUAGAUUUGUCACUUUAGAAGCUCGGCAAAGUACAUUAAAUUCAGCAUACAAACAAGAAGAAAGAAAGGAAGUUUGUCGAAAGAUUGGUCAUUUUUUCUUCUCUAGAGCACUCCCAUUUAAUAUUGUAAAUGAUCCAUUUUGGCUACCUAUGGUGGAAGGGAUUGCCGCAUAUGGUGUAGGAUUUAAGGCUCCAUCAAUGCAUGAGCUGAGGACUUGGAUCCUUAAGGAAGAAGUUGGCGACAUUAAUACGAUGAUGGAAGAACAUAAGAAAGCUUGGGCAGAGUAUGGAUGUACUAUUAUGUCUGAUGGUUGGACUGAUGGUAAAAAUAGAGUACUAAUAAACUUUCUUGUGAAUAGUCCAGCAGAUGAUGUUGUCAAAGAAGUUGGAGAGGAGCAUGUCAUUCAAGUAAUAACAGAUAAUGCUUCCAAUUAUAAGAAUGCUGGAGUGAAACUUAUGGAGAAGAGGAAGAAGUUAUGGUGGACUCCAUGUGCUGCCCACUGCAUUGAUUUGAUGUUAGAAGAUAUUAGCAAAAUGAAAGUUUUUGAAGAUACAAUUAGACUAGCCAAGCAAGUAGUGAAGUUUAUUUAUGGGCAUACAUGGGUUCUUGCUUUGAUGAGAUCUUUCACGAAAAACAAAGAGAUAAUUCGCCCUGCAAUCACACGGUUUGCCACUUCUUAUCUUACUCUUCAAAGCAUCUAUAAGCAAAAGCAACUUCUUCAGGCAAUGUUUUCUUCUAGAGAAUGGCACAAUGGACCAUUUGUCCAACAUAAUGAAGGUAUUAGGGCUCACUCAACUAUACUAUAUGAUGUUAAUUUUUGGUCCCGUGUUGCUUUCUGCAUCAAAAGUGUUAUCCCAUUAGUAUCGGUUUUAAGAGAAGUUGAUUCAGAGGAGAGACCUGCUAUGGGAUUUAUUUAUGAGUUAAUGGAUGUUGCAAAAGAGAAGAUUGCUUUUAAUUGUGGAAAAGUUGAAAGAAAGUAUAAACCAAUUUGGAGAAAAAUAGAUGAAAGAUGGGGCCCACAACUCCAUCAACCUUUACAUGCUGCUGGUUAUUAUUUGAACCCUCAAUUGCGUUAUGAAGAAACCUUUUCUAAUGCUGAUGAAGUAAGGAAGGGAUUGGAAGAUUGCAUGACUAGGAUGUUGUCUUUUGAGGAUCGUAUGACUACUGAUAUCCAAUUGGACUUGUAUGAUGAGGCAAAAGGAGAGUUUGGAAGUUGUCUUGCAGUGAAUUCAAGGAAACUAAGAACUCCAGCAAAUUGGUGGAAGCGUUUUGGAAGGGACACACCUGAGUUGACAAAGUUUGCUAUUCGGGUCCUUAGCCUUACUUGUAGUGCAUCUGGGUGUGAGAGGAAUUGGAGCACAUUUGAGCAGAUUCAUACAAAAAAAAGAAAUAGAUUUGAACAUCAAAAGCUCAAUGCUCUAGUAUAUGUGAAGUAUAAUACGACACUAAGAGAGAGAAGUAUUAGAAGGAGGUCAAAGAUUGAUCCAAUAUUGGUGAAUGAAAUUGAGUCCGAUGAUGAAUGGAUAGCUGAGGUUGAAGAACCAAUUCUACCAACUGAUCUUAUUUGGCUUAAUUCUCAAGAAUUAUAUGAUGUUGAUGUCAUCAGAAAUAUGCCCACUGAACCUUAUGAAACUGAUCUACAUACUCGAGUGCCUAUUUCUGUGGAGCCUAUUGGUGAUCCUAGGACUCAAGAGCAAGGAAAUAUUCAUGUUAGGACUCAAGAGCCUAUUGUUCAUUCUAGAACUCAAGAUCCUAUUAUUGAUGAUGAUCUUAUUCUUGACGAUGAUGUUCUUCUUUCCUCGUUAGCUUCAAAAAAGAGAAAAGAAUGUGAAACCUCAAGUAAGAGGAAAGUCAAAAGCAAGUCCAUAAGAGCUAUGCUUAUGGAUGAAGAUGAUGAGAUAGAUAAAGAUCCUUCAACAUUUGAUAGUGGAAAAUAUCCUUUUCAUAUUGAUACAGUUGAUCAAUAUGACAGUGAUGCUAGUUUGAAUGAUAUUAGUGUUGAGGAGUGGGAUGAGUGA